GCGGCUCCUGCGUCUGCGCGCGGGGACCGGAAGUCGGCGAGGCUGGGGAAGGCCACGUCGCCGUACGUCACUUGAGCAAGAUGGACGCCGGGGAAGUGAGAGCUGCCCGCCGAGGGUCCCCGCCGGCCCCUCAGGACGCCCCGCUCCCGGCCCCCGACGAAACCCAGGCCCAGCUCUUGGUCUCCGCGGCAGUGGCCUCCGCGCUCGUCAUCGCGCUCCUGAUUAUUUGGAAACUUGUCCAGUCCAGAAAGAGCAGUCGGAGAGCAGUGCUUCUCGUGGGUCUCUCUGACUCUGGAAAAACUCUUCUGUUUGUAAGGCUGUUAACAGGAAGUUUUCAAAAUACCCAGACUUCAAUUACUGCUAACUCUGCUCUGCACAGAGUAAAAAAUGAUAAGAAUGUGGACGUGACCUUGAUUGACCUUCCAGGCCAUGAGAGCUUGCGGCUUCAGUUCCUGGAUAGGUUCAAGGCUGCAGCCAGGGCAGUUGUGUUCAUUGUUGAUAGUGUAGCCUUCCAACGAGAGAUGAAAGAUGUGGCAGAAUUCCUGUACCAGCUCCUGAUUGACAACACCCUGCUGAAAAAUGCACCUCCCCUGCUAAUAGCCUGCAAUAAACAAGAUGUUACAAUGGCAAAAUCUUCCAAACUCAUACAGCAGCAGCUUGAAAGAGAACUAAAUACCUUGCGAGUGACUCUCUCAGCUGCCCCAAGCAUACUGGAUGGUGCAAGCUCUGGAUCUGCAUCUCAGCUUGGGAAGAAAGGCAAAGAGUUUGACUUCUCCCAGUUGCCCAUGAAGGUGGAAUUUGUUGAAUGCAGUGCCAGAGGAAGCAAGGGGGAAGAAGGGGAUGCUGACAUUGAAGAGUUGGAGAAGUGGCUGGCAAAAAUUGCCUGAGGACUGGGAGAAAACCAAAGCACCUGCCAGGAAAACGGAAUUGGAAUAGUAUACAAGAUCUUAUGGGAAAGACUUGGAAUUUCCAAGAGGAGUGUGGAUAGGGUGAGAGAGCAGUGGCAAAACCAUUCUUCUCUGGGAUGUUUCGACUUGGCCCAUUAUGCUCCCUUUAUUGCAACAGUAAUGCUCUGUUGAGGAAUCCUUGGUCUCCCAAGUACUUCUCAGCCAAGUGUAGGUCAUUUAUGUGCUUCCUAUGUUCACUUGCCUCUGGUUUUCUUACUACAUCUUAUCAAGAGAUGCUUUCAGAGAGAUAUUCUGCAUUGGAUGAAAUUUUAGAGAAAGAGAGAGAGGAGAUCUUCCUCAUUAUUUUUCCAUCACACCUUAUUUCCUUUUCAUUUUCUGGGAAGCAGUACAGUACUCCACAACAAAUGAAAUGUUUUCUACCUAUAACAGUGAACCUUUGAAAGCAAUGUACUGCUAGAUAUUGCAGUGCCUCAGCAUAGGUUGACACUGUAUACAAUAUUCUGCUGCUUGGCUUGUAGCUAUUUGGUAUUUCUGUUGCAAAUCUUCCAAAGUAUCUUCUGUAGAGUCAGGAAGCCCUUCUAGCUGAGGCAAGUGGUUUCCAGACAGUGAGAAUGAAAAUGAUGUGCUAUACUCUACAAUGCGUGAAUGGUGCUACAGUAUUUGGAAUGUGCUUAUGACACUUGUGACUGGAGCCCCUUCCAUUCUUCAGCUUGUUCCUUCAGCACUUGCUAAAAUAACCCCAUUCUGGUCAUGUUACAUCUGAAUGUCCCUUUGGUGCCCUAAGACGUGUCAUUCCUGCAGUAGUUGGAAAGUGUUUGUUAGGCAAAUUUGAUUUUUUCAGAACUGCAUUUUUAUCUAUGCUUGACUUUUUCUAACUUUCCUAGACUGUUUUUUUCCCCUGUCAUCACCUUUAAUAAUACUUAGAGUGUGCUUUCCUGUUGUUUCUACAGCAGAACAAGGUUGCUUAGAAUUUCUUGAGCUUUCUCAUGAAAUAUAAAAGAUUUUUUAUGGAUUACAAUUCUUGACAGUGAGCAAGAAAAAUGUGUAUGCAUAUAUAUACACACACACAACUAUGUAGUUGAAUCUUAUUAUUCCCAACUAUAGUAGAUCUAUUGAAUCAAAUGGAUAUUGCAGCACUGAUUCAUUGUCAACUGUAGUUUCAGUGGCUCAUUUCUGUUGGGAGGCUACCAGUUGGAUUGAUGCUUAAGACUCACCCAUGCCUUUAAAAACUCAUACCCUUUUUAACAUGUGUCUACAAGCACAUGUCUAUUACAGCUGUAAAUUUGCUGUGAAAAACUUUUCCAUGUUGUAGGAGGCAGCCUUAGCCUCAACCCACUUGAGGAUAUACCCAUUGAAUUAGUAUGAUUUACAUAUGUGUUGGCAUUAUCUUUUGGCAUACCAUUUAUCAACAAUGCUCAGUUUGCUCCACUUGUACAUUCAGUUUACUCUAAUUGGGAAUAACUGUUAGAUAGAAGCCAUGCGUAUGCUUCCUGCUAAUGGCUCUGUCAGCCUUCAUCAUUUGCUCCAGUUUGUGGAUUGAUUGAUAAUUGAUUUUACAUUUCUGAGCAACUGAGUUGGGGCAUUUGAGCGUAAAACAACUUCUGAGCUCAGGAACAGCACUGAUAUUGAGUUCAUCUUGUGAGCCUUUUGCAAGGUUCACACAACAGGAGUAAAAAUUCCAGUCCUCAUGUAUAUUACUUGCCAUUGAGUCUAUGACUCCAGAUAUAAGAAGCUGUCUUAUAUAUGCUGCAUUCUCAAGUUGCAAAGUGGUAUUGAGUCCAGGUCUUUUAAAUUGUUCAGUUUUGUAAAUAAAAAAUGUUUGAUUAAACUUU